AUGAUAGGACUAGGCGGCGAUGCGCCCAUGGCCCUGGCCGUCCUUUGGGCCUUGACGGGUCUUGCUCUGUUCUUCGUGCUGUUGCGAUUAUACACAAGACUUGUCGUUAUUCAAGCGUAUGGCGUGGACGACCAUUUCUUUAACUUUGCUUUCCUUCUCUUUGUCGCCUACGAUGUCAUGCUCACCAUCUCUUCGUUCUAUGGCUUUGGCAGAAACAUUCUAGAGCUUGAGAUGGACAACAUACCGAAAGCGAUUUUAUACGAGGCAAUCGGCAGCACAAUCCUCGUCUCCGCCAUCGUCGUCUCAAAGGCCUCUCUAGCAUUAUUCCUCCUCCGCCUCGUGAACACUCGUCUACACCAGAUUCUCGUUCUUGCUCCCGUCAUCAUCCUAUUCCUCUUCGCCUUGGUCUCCCUACUCGUCUUCUGGUUCUCGUGUACGCCAAUCAACUUUCUCUGGGACCGAUUGAUCCCCGGCGGAAGCUGUCCCAUCGACCCCGGUCCCAUCUCCACGGCAGCGGGAGCUUGGAGCGUCGUUGUCGACUUUUGGUACGCCAUCACGCCCUGGGCAUUACUGUGGAACGUUCAGAUACCGAAGAGAGAGAAACUACUCAUCAAUGUGAGCAUGAGUUUGGGCGUCAUUGCUGGCGCAUGCGGAAUUUUGAGGGCUUUGGAGCUCAAAAACCUGAAUAGCGUGAACUUUACAAAAGAUACGGUUGGCCUGAUAAUCUGGCACGCGGCAGAACUGGCGGUUACUCUUGUCUGCAUCGGAAUUCCCGUGUGCCGUCCCCUUUUCAAGGGCUGGCUGAGCAAGUGGACGUCCCGAAACGGCAGUAAGCCUGGGCCAUACACUGACACAACCGGAUCCAACAUGUGGUUCGGCCUGAAGACAAUCGGCGGCACCGACUACACCGCCAGGGUUGGCUUGAAGGCCCCAGAUUUGGACUUGGGAACGGCACGAAGCGGCGACGAACCAAAGGGAAGCACAACGAGAUCCGCUGGAAAAGGCUUCGGUGACAAUGAGAGCGCUGAGUCGAUUCUGGGCCCGGACAUUCGAUAUAACCAAGCGCGGGACACGGAUAUUGAGAGGUAUUCCAGUGAUGAGGGAAAAGGGGGAAAGCAAAAUAUUCAUGUCUGGCCCGAGGUCGCCCAGAUCCUGCACGACCAUUUCCUCAUGCCCACGGCGUGGAAGGUCAAGAACCCCUCCCAGGACUGGACCUACGUGUCGGACAACCCGCUCUUCAAAGAAUCCCAGUACGGUCUCGGCAACAAGAUUGACUUCCUCGCCGCCCUCACACUUCGGGACCCAGUAGGCAUCUCGUCGGCCAACGUCCACGACCGGCCCGUCAUCGAUCCCACCUACCUCAGCACGGCGGUGGACAGGUACGCCGUUCGGGAGGCUUUCAAGUUCGACACCAAGCUUCUGAGAAGCGAUUUGAAGCUAGUUGGUCGCGACGUUCUCGAUGGCGAGCUUACGGCCGACACGCCUCUGACGGUGGCUUCCCCCCAUGAGGCGUUUGCCGUACGCGCCGGCCAGGUUGACGGGCGAGUCGAGAUCUCACCAGAGGUUCUUGCCAUUGUGUCAAGCUCGUUGACGGGUCUGUUCGUUGCUGACUCUUUCGUCUUCCUGGUUUCCAUCUCGGCCAAUUUGCAAGUUUCCAUGUACGCCAUGACCCUUCAGGCUGCGGAUAUCAUUGAAGAGCAUGGGAGCAAGUGCUGUCAGGUCAGGACCAUCUCGUGA